AUGUUGUCCAGAUUACGCCCCAUUACCUUCAGAAGCCCCGCGAGGGUCGCUUUACGGUUCAACUCCAAAAAAUCCGACCCAAAUCAUGAAAAUUCAGACAAAUCAGUCUCCCAAGCCAAAGAGGAAGGUUUAAGUGAGUUCAAGUUCAAACAGAAAACCUCAUCCUCUGCUCCUGCACCCAUGGAAGGGAAUGGUGUAGAUAAACUCCUCAAAAAGUCCAACAAACCGUACAUUCCAAAGAUCAAGCACGAUAGACUCAGCUUCGAGUACCCAGGCUUGCCUAACCAAGACAAGUUCAACGCUACCGCUGAAAAGCCAAAAAUCAUUGGAAGAUGGACCAGAUACGUCCCUAAAAUCAUCACUGCCAUUGUAGUCUUAUGGGGUGCCUAUACCGUCAAAGUAUGGUUCUAUGCACCAGAAAAAGGUGCAGACAGUAAAGAGCUCUUGGACCCUAACGGUUUCCACAAGUUCGUGGUUACUCACAAGGAGGAAAUCGACGAGGACCACUAUUUGAUAGAACUCCACCCCAAGUUCAACCACUGGCAAUACAGCUACUACAACAACUACGAGAAGAAAUCCAUUUGGAAUGGAGACCGGAUCUGGUCUGUUGACGUGAAGCAACCCGACAUCAUGGUUGUUCGUGCCUACACACCUUUACCAUUAUACUUCUUGAAGUCUGAAUACACUAGAUCAGGAGAAAGAAAACCACUUUUGAAGGUGGUGAACAACGAUGGUGAAGAUUAUGACAAGCAGGGUGUGAUGUGUCUUUAUAUUAAGAAAUAUGGCGAUGGAGAAGUAUCCAAGUACGUCACCAACAAAGAAGUCGGCGACGAAAUUGAGUUGCGUGGACCAAAUAUCGAGUAUAAGUUCCCAUACCAUCCUUUAAAGCAGUAUCAUGAAAGACCAAUUUUCCGUGACCUCCCUUCCAAAGUUGAGCCAGAAAGUUUAGUGGAAAAAGUGAAGAAAAUCAACAAGAUUCCCGACUUUGACAACUUGACCUUCUAUGCUGCAGGAACAGGAAUUGCACCAGCAUUACAGAUUCUUUUGUCCAGAAACCCAUACAGAGGCUACGUUACCAUUCACUAUUCAGCUCAAAAACAAGGUGAGUUGAAGCCCUUGGAAAGAUUCAUGUACUUUUUGGAAAAAUUGGAUCGUGUUGAAGUCAAAACCCAUUAUGAUACCGAACCAAAGACCAGACUUUCUUCAAAGGAUAUAACGGAGGCUUCGCCUACAAAGUACCUUAGCCCUUUGAGAAUCGAGAAGAGUGAGUUGAGCCCAGAGGAGGCCUUAAAAUUGAGAAUGAGUGUGCUUGAUGGAAAGGACUCAGACUCUAAAAACGAGACUGAACUGACAGAACUUAGCAAAGAGGUUGUUCCGAGAUUUGAAAAUGCUCUUCAACAGGCGAUGGUAACUUCACAACAAGUCAAAGCUCCUUCUGCAUUAGCAAUCGUUUGUGGACCCGAUGGUUAUGUUGAUUUUGUAGCAGGUCCAAAGAAUAGGGCCACAAAUGAACAAGGAGAAGUUCUGGGUUUAAUGAAAGGUAAGGGCUGGGAUAAUACUAAUACUUUCAAACUUUAG